AUGUUCAAAGAGGUGCUUGAAAAAUUGAAUUCCUUGGAACAUGGUUUUCAAUCUAUGUCUGCUUUGGUUAAAGAGAAGUCAAAAGAUGGUGAAAUAAGCAUAGGCCAGAAUUCAUUUUCAGAUUCUAGGCACGAAGACUCAAGACAAUCUGGUUCAGCAAAGGGUGUGAAACUGGAUGUUACUGAUUUUAAUGGAGACAGCAAUCCUGAGGUGUUCCUUGAUUGGCUACAUAGUUUGGAAAGUUACUUCAAAUGGCAUCAGUUGGCAGAGGAGCGAAAAAUCUCUUUUGCAGAAGCUAAAUUGAAGGGGACAGCUAGAGUUUGGUGGGAAAAAUACCAACAAACUCAUUUUGCGGUGACUAGAACUUGGGAAGACAUAAAGAUGACUUUGACACGUUUCUUUGUGCCACCUAAUUACAAGCAACGGGUACACUUGCAAUUCGUAGAAUUGGUGCAAGGAAGCCUAUCAGUGGAAGAGUAUACAAAUAAGUUCCUUAGUUUGGCUGCAAAAUCAGAUUUUCCAUGGAAUGAAGACAUCAUGAUAUCGAUGUACCGCAAGGGCUUGAAUCCUCAUAUUUCUUCAGGAUUAGCAGCAAGUCGAAUUUAUACUAUGAAUGAUGCUGUCCAGAUUGCAUACCAAAUGGAGGAAGAGUAUAAGAAGAAAUCGUCCAUGUCAAUUUCAAACAAAGGGAAGACACUUGACAAAUCUUCUGGAGGAUUCACAUCUACAACUAGUGAAUCAGAUGAGAAAACUCAUGGUGGUUCCUCAUCUUCCAACCAGUUAGUGAGUUCUACUCUUAAGAAUGCACAAAAGGCUGCUGGUCCUGCCUCUAAUAUGAGGAAUGAAAUUAGAUGCUGGAAAUGUAAAGGCUUUGGACACUUGAUGGGACAAUGCCCAAAUCGGUUAGUUGCUUUUGCAGAUAAGGAAGAUCCUAUUGCAUCUGCCAACCUUGAACAAAAGGCAAAUGAAGUUGUUGAAUUGCAAGCUGAGCAAGAGAUGGAGGUAGAAGUGUAUGACCCAUGCUUAGUACUACGUCCGGUUCUCACUACGCAAAAAGAGCAUGAGGAAGAUUGGCGAAGGAGUAACAUUUUCCAGACCCGUGUUCGGUGCAAUGGUCAGUUGUGUACCCUAGUUAUAGAUGGAGGGAGUUGCUCUAAUGUCAUUUCUGAGGAAGCUGUUCUCAAGCUUGGGUUGCCUACUGAACCACAUCCAAGUCCUUACAAGGUGGCAUGGGUAAAUAACACAAAUCUCAAGGUCAAUGAUCGUUGUUUGGUGACAUACUCUAUUGGGAAAUUGUUUGACAGCGUGACCUGUGAUGUGCUGCCCAUGAAAGUGUGUCAUAUUCUUCUGGGUCGACCAUGGUUAUAUGAUAAGAAGGUACAACAUUGUGGCUAUAACAACACAUAUUCCUUCACAAAUGGAAGUUCUGAGUUCAAAUUCGUGCCAACUAAAGGUUUGUCAACCAUAAAGCUCAAGAAGACAGCUGGCACGUUCCUCCUUAAACAGACUGAAAGUGAUGAUUCUAUACUUGGUCCAAUUCCAAACUCGACUGAGUCGAGUUCUUUUCAGAGGGGGAGAAUUAAUGCAGCAGCAAUGACUUGGUUAGAAAAGAAAUAUCCGCUUUGGAAACCUAAGAUUAAGCCCACCCCAUUUUGGUCCAAAGGAAAGUCUCCAUGGUAG